UCGGAUGCAUCAAAAACUUGUUUCCUCGCUGCUUCCAUCAAAAUUUUUUUGUUCUGCGAUUCAAUAACAACGCUUAAAAACUAAAAUAUUAUUAAUAAGGUUGCUUUAUGUAAAACAAGUAAUUUCCAAAAUGACACUCAGCUGCGUAAUCUGCAAUGAUAAUCGGCAGAAAAAUCCCCAGUGUUUGUUGUUUCCAUUUCCGGACCCUUCUGCACAACCGGUCUUAUAUCAAAAGUAUCUCACGGUUUGCGACCUGCAAGGACAGCCUCAGCCCUCGGACGGAGCCUUGUAUAUCUGCUCGACGCACUUUACCGCAGAAUGCAUCGAUGCAGAGGGUAAUUUGGCCGAGGGUUCGAUGCCCACCACCAAUCUGGAACGGAUCGAAAUCGAAGCCUAUGCCGACGAGGAUUUCCAGAUGUUGGAAGAAUAUGAACCGCUGUUCAGCGUGAAGCCAACGGCCGAGCAGGUUUCUGUUGAAUCUUUAGCCCCUUCCAGUGAGACACCAGAAAUGGAAACGGAAACGCUUCUUGUUCCAAAGGCUGAACCUAUUGAGAUGAUCUCAGAAGAUACAUCAUUUACAGAGACCGAAAUCAAAACUGAAGCUCCGGAUGUUGACGAGGGUAUUCCGGAUCCUUUUGGAAACGUAACAGCAGCAAAUGAUCAAGAAAGCGAUCCCAAAUAUUGCAUCCUCUGUGGAGACCGGGAAUCGAAAAACCCGAACUGUCGCCUGUACGUCUUUCCGAAAAAGAUUCCCAAAAUCUACCGGAAGUGGAUGCUAGCCGCCAAGCUAGACAUAAAUCGAUACCAGGACAAGGACAUCUACAGUUGUCAGAAACAUUUUCCGGAGAAUGGUUUUUUCGCCAACGGCAGGUUUAUCCAAAGUUGGGCUACUCCGAAGCUUCAUCUACCCUCGAAGGCAAAAAGUUCCACCCCGAAGCCAUCAACGUCCAGCGAACCGCAGGUUAUCUUCCUCAACGAACCCGGCCCAUCAUCAUCAUCCUCGUCCACCAGCGUUGCGGGGCGUCGAACUGGUCCACAAAUAGUCAUCAAAUCGAACCCGGCCAAUAGGAAGAAUGCCGAAGCGUUGAACAUCGAUCCGGAUGCCUAUGCCAAGACGUUCGCCAAGGUAGUCAUGGAACUGAUGCCUCUCAAGCUCAACUAUAACGGCGAACAGCGUCCGGUUACCGGAACUAUCGUAUUUCAAUCUAAUUUAUUUUAAACCGACAUAAUGACGACUAAUAAAUGAGUACAUAUAUCAAUGAA